GCGCGCAGCCCGACACAUUGCGAGCCAAAAAUACCGCCUUGCCCGGCCGCCGCCCUCACCACGUACACACUGACAUUGUAAAAAUACCAGUAUACCAACGACAAACAGUGCUUAACCAGUGAAGUGAUCAGUACACUUGUGAACAGUGGAAAAGUUUAUACUGCUCUGUGGUCACGUGUGAUAGGAACUUAUUGUCUUGUGGUCAAGGGUGAUAGGAGAACUGAUGGUGCAAUGUCACCAGCUGCGAUCAGCUCCGACCUGCCACAGUGGUGUGGCAACACAGACAACUGCCAGCAAGCUCUGCUAGGCUGGCUGUUCCUGAACCAAGAUCAAAAUGAUCCGUGGGUGCCGGGUUCUAUCUGGGGCCCGCUGCCGACGGCAGCGCCGUGCUCCACAGCGCCGUCUGACGAUGUAUCCUCAAUGGCGGAGCAGCUGGCCGCGCUCUCCCUACGCCGCCCAGCACGCCCGCCGCCCCCUGCUUAUAUGUGCCAUCUUUGCUUCAAGAAGGGACAUUAUAUUGGAGAUUGCCCACAGGCUCGUCCUAAAGGUGAAGGGUUAACUCCAUAUCAGGGUAAAAAGCGUUGCUUCGGCGAGUACAAGUGCCCGAAGUGCAAGCGCAAGUGGAUGAGCGGCAACUCCUGGGCCAACAACGGACAGGAGUGCAUAAAAUGUCGGAUUAACGUCUUCCCACAUAAACAGAGGCCAUUAGAGAAGCCUGAUGGUCUGGACGUGAGUGACCAGUCCAAGAUUCAUCCGCAGCAUCUGUGCCAGAAAUGUCGUACCUUGGGCUAUUAUUGCCGCAGGGAGUACUGAUCAGUUACCAUCAAAAGACCAUAGUAUACUGUUCUACUUGAAUCUUAUAUUUCCCCAGUGCCACAGAGAAUCCUGGCAAGUUACCUCCAAAAGACCAUAGGUAUAUUGCUCUACUAGAGUUGGCAUUCUCUAGUGCAGCCGAAAUUUCUAACCAGUUUCCAAAGUAAUAACUCUGUAGCGCACUUAGGGAUAGCCGGAUAGACCAGCCAGUUUGGACAUUUGCGUAAAAAGACACGACACCCUAAAUUUUUGGCAACUCUCAUUUGCGAUGUAAAAGCUUAACAAAAUCCGAACAACCCGGACACCGUAUAUCUCCGCCGGACACACAAUCAAAUAACCUACCGAGUUCCGGCUUUAUCCGGACGCCUGGCAACGUUAGACGCAUCUAAAGUAGGUCUUAGCUGAGUAUUUACCUAUUUCAAAUAUUAUAGUCUAUCCUCCAAAGAUCUACAAUUGUCGAAAGUAUGUUUAGUAUGUUUUCUUCUUUUUAAAUAGUUUUGGUAAUCAAAAUUAAAAAAAUAAUUGCUUUAAAUGUAAUAAUAUGAAAG